UCCGCCUCUUCCUCCGCACGCUGCCGCCGCGGUGCCUCCUCCCACCGGCCCUUCCCGCCGCCCGGGCUCCGCUCUGCGUCACUCGCCGGGCGCCGGGGACCGGCGAGCGGGACGGAGCCGGGCCAGCGGCGAGGGAAGCUACUAUGGCUGCUACAGUGAACCUGGAACUUGAUCCCAUCUUUUUGAAAGCUCUGGGCUUCCUGCAUUCAAAGAGUAAGGAUUCUGCUGAAAAGCUAAAAGCUCUGCUUGAUGAGUCUUUGGCCAGAGGAAUUGAUUCAAGCUAUCGUCCUUCACAAAAGGAAGUAGAGCAACCCAAAGUGUCUAUUACCAAGCCAGUUUCCAGUAAGCAGGAGCCUAAAGCUUUGUCCAGUCUGCCUUCAGGCAACAAUAAUGGCAAGCCCAUCACAACAGAAAAGGUGAAAAAAGAAACAGAGAAGAGGACUGCUGAUAAAAUGAAAGUGGAAAUUGGUGAAGGAGUUGAUGUUCCAAAGAAACCCAGGCUAGAGAAGCAAGAGGCUCGUUCGUCCCCUAUCACAGUCCAGACUAGCAAGGAUUUAUCCAUGCCUGAUCUGUCUAGUUUUGAUGAAACCAGUGCUGAUGAUUUUGCCAUGGAAAUGGGCUUAGCCUGCGUUGUUUGCCGGCAAAUGACAGUUACUUCUGGAAAUCAGUUAGUAGAGUGUCAGGAGUGCCAUAAUCUCUAUCACCAGGAUUGUCAUAAACCUCAGGUGACAGACAAAGAAGUCAAUGAUCCUCGCCUCGUGUGGUAUUGUGCCCGCUGUACUAGGCAGAUGAAGAGAAUGGCUCAAAAGACUCAGAAACCACCUCAGAAACCAGCUCCUGCAGUAGUUUCAGUAGCACCAACUGUGAAAGAUCCAUUGGUAAAGAAACCUGAAAUUAAGCUCAAGCUGGAUACCCCAACAACUUUCCUAGCAUUCAAGAGGACAGAAGUCAAGACCACAGCAGCAGUUUCGGGGAACUCAACCGGUACCAGCAUUUCCUCUUCAGCAACCAGUGGCCUUACUGGAUGGGCGGCUUUUGCAGCCAAAACCUCCUCCACCGGUCCAUCAACCACCAAACUGGGAUCAACAGCACAGAGUACCAGCGGAAAACCUGCAGCCUCCUCUAAUAACCAGAAACCUGUGGGUUUGUCCGGGUUAACAACAUCGAAAACAGGGCUAGGGUCAAAAAUAGCUUCCAGUAACAACACCACAAACCCUGUUCAACUAAAACCUCUUCCACCUCUGACCUUGGGGAAAACAGGUCUGAGUCGUUCAGUGAGCAGUGACAAUGUCAGCAAAGUAGGUCUUCCUAGUCCUAGCAGCACGGCCCCAGGCAGCAGCAGCCAGGUGAAUAGUGGGAAUGGAAGCAGUAGCACAACAGGUAACAGCGGGAGCAGCACCAGCAAAUCAAGUGCAGAUUCUGGCAAUCAGUCACUGUCCCUAAAGGGCCCGACUUCUCAGGAAUCACAGCUCAAUGCUAUGAAAAGGUUACAAAUGGUCAAGAAGAAGGCUGCCCAAAAGAAACUGAAGAAGUAACAGAGCUGUCUGUUAAUCUUGUUUCUUCAAAACAAAAAUAUAUGUGAAGUAUAACAUAAUUCAUUUAAUAAAUAUCCAUGCAGCUAAUUUCUAGAUUGGCUUUUUUUUCUAUAAUAUGCUUAACAAUGUAAAUCUGUAUAUUUUCUCCAUCUACAGCAGACUGUAAAUAUACUGUAUGCUUCAGAUCUAGCGGACUAAACAUGUCCCCUUUCUCAAAUUUGAAGAAACAUUUGUUCCUAUUUGUUUAAAGUUUGCAUAGACAAUGUAUUGUAGCAUUUGCCAGUGGUGAUUUAAUAACUAAGGAUACGAUUUAGUCACGGAGGUCAUGAGUUCUGUGACUUUACUGGAUUUCCGUGACUUCGACUUCAACUGUCAAGGGUGGGGGCGGAGCCGGGAGCCCCCGAACCGCAGCUGGAGCAGGGGCUGUGCCACUGCCUCAGCCCCUAUGGCAGUGGGGCUGGGGCUGUCAGUUCCCUCCAUGGGGCUCCAGGUGUCAUUUCUUCCUUCCCUCCUCUCCCCAUUAUUUUUAGUGAUAGUCAUGGCUCCCAUGCAAUUUUUAUUUAUUUAUUUAUUUUUAUUGCCUGCAACCUGUCCAUGACUUUUACUAAAAAUAACUGUGACAAAAUCUUAACCUUAGUUAUAUUUAAGGAUUCAGAAUGGUUUAUGAUGUUACAUUUGUUUAUACAUGUUCAUAACUUUCUAACAAUUCUCCUUUGAGAACAAAACUUUGUUUGGUGUCUGUGACUGACUUUGGGAAGUUUGAUGAAAAACCUUUAAGGAAGUUGUAUUCUGUAUUUGGCACUACUGUGACCACUCCUGAAAUGCUGUGUCCAGUUCUGGGGUCCGCACUUCAAGAAGGAUGUUAAAAAAUUGGAGCAGGUUCAGAGGAGAACCACGGGAAUGGUUAAAGAUUUGGAAAACAUGCCUUCUAGUGAGAGACUCAAAGAGUGAAUCUAUUUAGCUUAUCAAAGAGGAGGUUAUUUACUAAUUAUAAGUACCUACAUGGGGAUGGGGAACAAUAAUUUUGAUAAUGGAGGGUUAUUUAAUAUAGCAGACAAUGGAGAAAUAAAAUGGAAGGUCUGGAAGUUGAAGCUAGAUAAAUUCAGACUACAGAUAAGGCAAAAAAAAUUAAGUGAGAAUAAUUCUAACUAUUGGAACAAUUUACCCAGGGUUGUUGUGGAUUCUCUGUUAUGAGGUUUACAUUAGGAUUGAAUGUUUUUCUAAAAGAUGUGCUGUAAUUAAAUCACAGGUAUUGGACUCAAACAGGAAUUAAUUCAGGGAAGUCCUGUGGCCUGUGCUAUGCGAGAGGUCAGACUGAAUUAUCCAUAAUGGUCCCUUCUGGUCUUAAAACAUAACAUGCUCCUUUUUUUAAGCUCAAAACACUCAAACUUCAGUAUUUGUAAGUAUUAUAUGUAGGGAAACACAUUUUUAUAUAUACGCUUCAUGAAUUAUACUUGAUGCAUUAUCAUGUUUAAUCAGCAUGUUAAUAUAAGUAUUAUACAUCUGUUAACCUGUUACUUUCCUGAGGCUAAAGCAUUUCUCUCACAGUGAGUUUUCAAUGGAGAAGUUGUGCAGAAUUAAUGAAAUUCCAAAUGAGAAAAUUCCAUAGGGAAAACUAUUAUCUGAAAUGGAUUCCAUGAAGAAACUAUUUAAACAUAUAUACUUCGAUUGAAAGUGGCCAUUUGAAAGAGCGCAUUUCAUUUUCAGCUAUCAAGGAAGCUUAUUAGCAGCCUUGUUUUCUUUCUUUCCAUAACUCACCAUGGCACAGAGGGGAGCAAGAGCAUUAGAAAAGAGACAUAUAGGCUCCCUCACCUGAAAAAAAUGGAGGAGCAGAUACAAAAUGAAUGUUUCAAAGUAUGAAUGUUCCUUUGAGUUCAGUGAUGCUACAGAAAACCUUAAAAGAUUCUGGUUUUAAGAGGAAUGAAAAAAUAGAAGUGACGGUGUGGUAGAGACAACUGUCUGCAGGUUUAGAUCUUGAAUUAAACACUUAUAACACUUUACUUUCUCCAGCUGCUGCAAACGU